AUGGAUGAAUAUAUGGAAGGACACUCAGGAGAAGAUGAGAAAACAGUUGUCCAACUUAAAACAUGCCCAAGCUGCCAGACCCCAAUUAGACGGAACCAGCGUUAUGUGAACAUUAUAAAAGGGACUCUUUCAGACAUUGAAAAGGCCAAACUGAAAGUCAGUCGAAAUGGACGAAGAGUGAAGGAGUUGGAACAAUUAAUUUUUUCGAUGCAAAGCAGAUUUCAAGGCUCAGACAGGGGGGUCGUAAAACGACUGACAACAGGCAGCCUUGUUCCGUCGGAGGGUCGCUUGUCGGCACAGGUCAAUCAGUUGCGAAUCAUGGAGAGAGUAGUUCGCCUUGAGAAACUUGUAAGAUCAGAUGCCGCCAAGUACAGCCCUGAUCUGUAUGACCAAGUUCUAAGAGCCAUACAUACCUUCAAGGAAUGGCUUGUAAUUCCGAGGUCUUGUUUUGGGCAGCAGGAGAGGCAGGAUAGUGAUGACGAGAUGAAACGCCUAUCUAUGAGCCGUUUUCUCAUUACCGCAUCCCAGUUGGUUGACUCAGCAGGGAAGGGAACUAGUGCUGACAUGAAUAUGCGGCUUCAAGAUAUCAUUCGACGCCUAGCGUCGUCAGAGAAGCACGAAUCAGUUCUGCCUGACGCCAAACUAUUGGUGGAAGAAGUCAAGGGUCAUGUAUCAGAAUCCAAGACUGGAGCAUGUGAUGAAGAGAGGGUCGUGUUUCUAGAAGCGACUGGUCUGAAGCAGGGCCACUGGUACAAGUGCAAAGAAGGUCAUGUCUAUGCUAUCGGUGAAUGUGUCAGACCUUACGAGGAGGUCACGUGUCCCGAGUGUGGAGGAUCUAUAGGAGAGGCUGCCCAAAGUCUGACAGAGGACAAUGCCUUCGCUCCCGAGAUGUACGAUGAUGAGGACCUGCCGUGGUCUGAGGAGAGUGACCAUGAGCUUGCACUAAAGCUAGACAAGGAACUUAAUGGAUAA